AUGGCGACCUCUCUUCACCGUAUCGCCAGCCGCGCUCGGCACGCUCGUCGAAUGUUCUCUACAGACGCCUUGGUGGAGACUAAACCGGGAGAGAUCGGAAUGGUUUCCGGUAUCCCUGAGGAACAUCUCCGCAGAAAGGUUAUUAUUUAUUCACCUGCUCGAACAGCAUCUCAACAAGGUUCAGGAAAAGUUGGUAGAUGGAAGAUUAACUUCGUGUCUACUCAGAAAUGGGAAAAUCCAUUGAUGGGUUGGACCUCCACCGGGGAUCCAUAUUCCCAUGUGGGAGAUUCUGCACUCACUUUUGACAGUGCAGAUGCUGCAAAAGAGUUCGCUGAAAGACAUGGUUGGGAUUACACGGUUAAGAAGCGUCAGACACCAUUGCUUAAGGCCAAGUCAUAUGCUGACAACUUCAAGUGGAAGGGCCCUGCAACCGCUUAAGAGUUCAUUCGUCAUUUCUACAUCCUUCUGAUUUGGAUUUUCUAGGGAGGAUAAGAUGCUACAUGCUCGUUUCAUUUCUGGAGCAUACUUUGUAUAACUGCAUUGAUGCGCUUUUAAGGCAGAUUGCAAAGGCUAUUGAGCUUUAUGAAUAUAAUAAAUCGAUCAACAAUGCUAGUUUCUGUUAGCCUUUUUUUAAAAAGAAAAUUUAUUAUCUGAUUCUUUCUUUAACUGAUGAUGGUACUUCCAAGAUUCAGAGCUUUGUGGAGCGAUCAAGUUUCUGCUAACUUUAUAAAAUAAGUUCUGUUACAGCAUACAGUUGUUUUGCUACUAUUCUGAAUGCUACACGAAGUGGGAUCAUGUCCUCUGGGUUUACAAGACUAUAUUUGCGUUGUGGGAUUCAUGAAGUUGCAAUAACUAUACUUGUUAUCUCCCGUGUUAAUCACACAGCAUGAGUAAUACCGAAACUGGUCAGUAAUCGGCUACGACAAUUUCUAAAGAUAUGAUCAACUUGAAACUCGGCAGGUUUCAUAUUCAAAUUUAAUACACUACAUAAUUUGAUCCUGGACUAUAUAAAGUAGCAUUUCAUAGUCGCCCACUGGCCAAAAGAAAGGAAUCCAUCCUGGACAGUAAAUUAGCAUUUCACAAUUGCCCACUUUGCAGUAGAAAGGAAUCUCCUGCGUACCCCAAGACUUGCAUAUCAGAUCCCAAAAGACAGCGAAUAUCACAUAAGUAGUUUACUCUAUUUAGCUAUUCACCAUACCACAAAAACUUUUGCAUGCGGAGAAGAUUUAGACGGGGACACUCUAAUACGAUGUAAAAGAACUAUUCAGUCGGAUGCCACUGCGGUCAGGUAGCAGCUUCUUCAUAUAGUACUUGGAAUUACGUAAUAAAUUGAUCUUUUUCUGCCUCUCUUGUGGAAGAAACUUGAUGGAGCAUUCCGAGAAGCCGCGCCUCACAAACCUAUCCACAACAUUGAAAGACCAUCAAUUAAAACCAAAACCUUCAAGGUAUCAACACUUCCCCCAGGGAAGAAUUGAAGUUAAAAUAAAAUUAUUCAUGUCCACACAACACUGCGUUUUUGGCUAUGACCCAUCUCUGGUGGGGUUCCCAACGUUACCAAAAGCAAAACGGAACAAAAGCACCACAGUUUUUUGCUUGCAUGACCCAUAUUGUAGACUAAGAAAAUCAAAGGAAAGUAAUAACACAUACCAAUCUGCAGUGCGAGUUGUUAGUAGGAAAAGAAAUUGUAAUCCCAUAGCAGAUGCCUUUUUCUCAAUAUAAUCUGCACACAAAUUGUAGCACGAUGAAUAGGAUGGGCAAAUACAAACUUCAAACGAACUUGAACUCCAUAUGUUAAGCAGAACCAACCAUCAACAAAACGAAUCAAAACCUCUGAAGCUUUUCCAUAUUCAAAUUUAUCAUGUCAGUUAACCAGGAUGUAAGAAAUGAUCAGAUUUAAUACCAAGUAAUUUGUCACCCUGCCCUUGACCACGGCAUUCAGGAGAAACAGCAAUCGCGGCAACCUCUCCACACUUAUCUUCAAAGAAGGGAAAUAAAGCUGCACAGGCAAUGAUUUGACCUUCUCUUUCCACAACGAUGAGUGAAUCCAGUGAUUCAAGAAGCUAAAUGGUAAAAGGAGAUGUAUCACUUAUUGAAUUAAUCCAUUAAUGUCAGCACAAAGGGUACCUGAAUUCAUACCUCCGCUUCAGUUCUCUUGAUCAACGUGCCAGAUUCUUCCAGAGGUUGUAUCAGCUGUUUAAUUUUUGAGAUAUCAGUUUUUGUAGCCAUACGCGUUCCUUCAUAAAGAUCGCUGCAGAGAAUUGGUUGCUCAUGUUAGUAGUAAAUCUCCUUCAACACGCAUUUAUAGUUGAAGGUUUCACCAAAAAAGCAUAAAACUAAGAAACAUUGCAAAAAGAUGGCAGCUGUGGAGAUAUUUACCUUGCCACCAUAGUACCUACACCGUCUCUCUGAAACAACUCCUUCAGCAAGACUCCACCAAUGGUGCCAUCUAAAAGAUGAACUCUUUGAACUCCCCCCUAAUGGAUACAAAAGUAAACGGCAUUCAGUAUCACAUAGUAGAUUAUGAGGAAAGCAAUCACGUAAACAGAAGACUAGACUUUAUAUACUAAAUUUUUUUAUGUAACGGCUAGAUAGUAUAGCAUGAGUUGUUGAAACUACCCUGCACACAAAAGCUGCUGCAGCUAAUUCUGAAAGGUAUCCAAAUAGUCGGCUGAGCCUCUCUUGGCCUCCAAUGGCAAAACCUGGUUCACUACCAUGGUCAAAACCAACACCAUUCUGAAAUGUUGCAGUAUAUUUAUGGCUGAAUCCAUUUCCAUUCACAGAAGGUUCUGUUCCACACUGAUCAUUAAGCUCCAAAUGAGUCAGACCACCCUGACCAACCGCUUUUACAUAAUUAGCUGCUGUCUCACUUUGUUCAGCACGUUGUCGUAUCAGCUUGUCAGCAUCUUGAAGAGUUAGGAAGUUUCUAAGACGACCAUGCUCAUCAAGAAUUGGCCCAUCUAUUAUACAGAUUAGCUUCUCAGCUCCAAGAGCCAAGGCACAGGCUGUAGCAACUUCAUAUGUG